AUUUUCACGAAUCAUACUCAAUAAGCGAAAAUGUGCUCAAGGAAAGUGCGCGAGUGGCUCGUCCUGCUCACUAUGGAAAAGUAUGUACACUGCUUUAUCGAACGUGGGUACACAACCAUUGCCCAGUGCAAGCAGAUUCUGGGCAGCGACCUCGUGCUGUUGGGCAUUGACGACCCGAACCAUCGCCAGCUACUCAUAACAGGCGUGCAGCUGCUCAUCAAUUCGCCGGAACUCUUCGAUUGCCACGAGCCCUGCGAGCUGCACGUUGCUAAAAACGGUCGCGAGAUGGUCAACGAUUUUAUGAACGCCCGUUUAAUGGAUUUGCCACCUAUGGAUAGAUUCCUUUGCUCGUCCAUAGGCGAACCGAAUCAUGAUGGCGAUUUGAUGUCGCUAUCGGUUGACUCUCUGGAUCAGUUUACUCUCAGUAUAUCGGCUAAUUUCACGUGCGUCGCCUGUCCAGAUCUGAAAUUCGGCGAGCUCUACGAACUGGAUCAGCAUAUAGCUGAACGAAGACAGACUAAUGAUCCCUUGGCCUUCGAGCAUACGUAUGGCGCUGUCUUUAGCAAUGACAAUUCAAUAACAGUUGAGGCGGCUAAACCCCUAUUAUUAAUGGACUAACUUGAGAGGCAAAUAAACAAGAGAACCAAGA